UUUAAUUCAAAAUAGCUCUUUCCAUUUAUGCAAAAGAUGUGUAUGGAUAGGUUGUGUCUGCUGAUUAAAAAUUUAGAAUGCACCUAUAUAGAAUUCAUAUAAGAAAUAAAGCUCUGUAAGACAUUGCAUAAAGAUCUAGGACUGAAAUUAGGACCUAGUUGUUUGUUUGUACUCUAAUGACAUUACUGUUCCUUUAAAGUUUGCACUUGUCUUUAUUAUAGGGCAGUCAGUUAUAUAAUACACAGAUGUCAUCAGUGUAUGCAAUGUAAGUUCAAACAGAUCAGAACUGAAAAUUGAGCCCUUCCAACAGUAACAGCCAAAACACAGAAUUAUGAAAGCCUAAUUCCUAAUAUGAACCCAUAUAAGUUCACCCCAUCCUUUAAACAUGCUAACUAAUACCCAAUACAUAUAUCAUUAUUUUGUUAUUUUCUCACAUUCAGUGAUAUUAAGCAUAAAAACAUGUAUUCUGUGUGUUUGAUGACCUCAUCACCCUGGUGUAAACAUUAGCACACUCCUUUACCUCCCCAAAGGGAUCACUGUUCCUCCUUGUAAACUGAUUCUUACCUAGCAACCUGUCUACUUGUUUUGUUAUGUUAAUCUGUUGGGGUGGUGGAGAAGCUUCACUUCACUUUUCUCUCUUUAAUAAGACUAAGUGCUCUCUGCACUUAUACUCCAGAUGUCAGAAUUGUUGUUGCGAUGUUAUAAGAUGGCAUUUUCAUAGUAUUUUGAUACUAAUUUGAUAUUAUACUGGUAUUUAAAUUGUACUCUGAUACUUACAAUAAUUAUGUGGUACUACAACAGUACAUGUAAAUAAAAAAAAAAGUAACAUGGUACUUUUGGUACUAUUUUGCUGUUUCUUGCAUGAUUAUAUGAGAUGUUUUUUUUUUUUUCUCUUUCUUUGCAGCCAAAAGAAGAUCUUGUUUUUAAUGAGAAGUAAGGUCAGUUCCUGUUAUUCUGCACCAUGAUAUAAUUUUGCAUGUGACACUUUUCAUUCAACAUUUCCAAUCUGUUUUUCCCUUUGUGUGCAGUAUUGAUUACAUCAACCCCAAGUCAUGAAUGUUUGUGUAAACCUUGCUUAAUUUACACAUUGAAUGCUCAUUAAUACCAAAUUCUUUACUUCUCAGGAACUGGGUGGCAGACAUGUUGUCAGGGGAGGAGAUAUUAUGCAGCACACGGCAGGUGAUCGCAGGGUUAGAGGUUUUGCGUGGCGAGAACCGGACACUGCUGGACAGUCUGCAGGAAAAACAGCAGAGCAAGACGUCCAACGAGAGCAGCAGCCUGGAGCAGGAGAAGACCAGUAUCAUUUUAGAGUCUCUGGAGAAGAUUGAGCUGGGCUUAGGAGAGGCACAGGUGAUGAUGGCAUUGUCAGCACACCUGGGCUCCUUGGAGGCUGAGAAGCAGAAGUUGCGUGCUCAGGUGCGGAGGCUGUGCCAGGAGAAUCAGUGGCUGAGGGACGAGCUUGCCCGAGCUCAACAGCAGCUACAGGAGAGAGAACAGGAAGUUGUUACUUUAGAGGAGCAGAACAGACACCUGCAGUUCAUGUGCAGUAUUCGCAAGUAUGACCAUGAAGAGCCAGCUCUGGAGGAUAAAGAUAGUACUUCAGGCAAUGAGUCUCUUGACUAUCUCUUUCCUACUGCUGAAGAGGAGCAAUCUCACAUGUCUCAGCCACACAGUAGCGCUGCUGCUGCCGCCCAGCAGGGAGGUUAUGAGAUCCCUGCUCGACUCAGAACUCUACAUAACCUUGUGAUCCAGUAUGCCUCUCAGGGCCGCUAUGAGGUGGCCGUGCCUCUCUGCAAGCAAGCUCUGGAAGACCUGGAGAAAUCCUCAGGCCACAGCCACCCAGAUGUUGCAACCAUGCUCAACAUCCUGGCUUUAGUCUACAGGGAUCAGAACAAAUACAAGGAAGCUGCAAAUCUCCUGAAUGAUGCAUUGGCCAUCCGUGAAAAAACGCUAGGCAUGGACCACCCAGCAGUGGCAGCUACUCUGAAUAACCUGGCUGUGUUGUAUGGAAAAAGGGGGAAGUACAAAGAGGCAGAACCACUGUGUAAAAGAGCUCUAGAGAUCAGGGAAAAGGUGCUGGGGACAGAGCACCCCGAUGUGGCCAAGCAGCUGAAUAACUUGGCCCUCCUCUGCCAGAACCAGGGCAAAUACCAGGAGGUGGAGCAGUACUAUGAGCGUGCCCUGCACAUUUAUCAGAGUCGACUGGGUCCUGAUGAUGCCAACGUGGCCAAGACAAAGAACAAUCUGGCUUCAUGUUACCUCAAGCAGGGAAAAUACAGACAAGCAGAGGCCCUUUAUAAAGAGAUUCUAACUCGUGCUCAUGAGAAGGAGUUUGGCUCUGUAGAGGGGGAUGGACGGCCGGUUUGGAUACAGACAGAGGAGGGGAGCUCUAGACCGGAUGGUCUGGGAACUCUGAAGCGCAGCGGAUCAUUUACUAAGCUCCGGGAAUCCAUAAGACGAAGCAGCGAAAAACUUGUCCGAAAGCUGAAAGGAGUUGGAAUACAGGAAACAGCCCCUCAAGCGGUUGGGAUGAAGAGAGCGAAUUCCCUCAAUGUGCUUAAUGUGGGUGCACAAGAGAGCCAAGAAGCUGCCACGAGGUCUAACAGGCUCACAGACACACGGGGCCUGAGUUCCAGCACCCAGAGCUUAGCCCGCCGCGGUUCUCUGAGUGGAGACAGCUAACCUCCACUACCAGUGGCUCCAUAUGACAUCAGGACUCUCGGGCAAUGCAGAUCA